AUCUUGUUAUUUCCAGAAAGGCACAAACCCAACUCACUUAGUUCUCUAUUUCAUUUCCAACAUGACACAUCCGAUUCUGUUGCUUGGAUGUCUGAUAGUAAUAUACUUUUGUGGAUCACAAGCUGAAAAUGCCUUCUCACAGUACUGGGAAGAGCAUAUUGGUCUUCCAUUACCUCCACAUUGGUUAACUGCAAAGGCUUCUCCAUUAAGUCUUCAUCAGAUUGAAAUGUUUAUGAAACUUAUAGAGAAAAAUGAAUUAUCUUCCCACCUGCAUUCUUUCUGUAAGCAAGCUAAUGUUGCUUGUUCUACAAAUACACUGGUGAAGAAUACAAUGAAUGACACAACGUUACCUCCAAUAGCUCAGUGGAAUGCUGACAGAGUGGUUUAUGAACACUCUCCAAAAGACAUACCCCUAUCAGUUGCCAGCCAAGGAGGAUUGCCAUUUUUUCGAGAAUCAAUGGUAAAAGAGGGAAGUGUCAUGCUUGUCCCUGAUCUAAGAGACCCAGUGUCAUUUAGAUCAUUCUUACCGCGACCUCUGGCAUCAAAAAUCCCAUUUUCCAUUGCCCAGAUUGAUGAAUUAAAAAAAAAAUUUGGCGUGGUGGAUGAAUCAAAUAUGGAUGAGUAUAUUAAAGCCACCGUCGAGACAUGCAAAAAAAGCCCCAUUCAAGGCGAGCAGUACACUUGUGUGACUUCCGCCGAGGAUCUCAUUGAUUUUGUUGUCGAGAAAUUAGGACACCAUAUACACAUAUGGAGUACUGGGAGCGUUGAAGGAUCUUAUGAGAAUGUCACAAUUGGAGCUGUGAAACUCAUAUAUGAAAACCUUUCUGAACCACUAGUCAUAUGUCAUAGUCAGCCAUUCCCAUUUCAAGUUUACUUUUGCCAUAUUUUUCAUAAAGUAAAAAUAUAUGUAGUUAAUAUACAUGCUAGGAAGAAAGUGAAUCAUGUGAUAAUGGCAUGCCACUAUGACACAUCAAUUUGGAGUCCAAACCAUCAUGCUUUUAAGAUGUUGGGUUUUGGCCCUGGCUUAAUUGAAAUCUGUCAUUGGAUAAAUGCGAAUGUAAUCGUCUGGACGAAGACUCUAGGUUGAGUAGCAUUUGAAAAUAUAAAUGAUUAUCUUUUACUUCU